UGACAAAUCCACUGUCUGACAGACAGCUCGCCAAGUUAGCAGUGUUGUUUUGUUGUAUAUCUAAUGCUAGUGAUUAUAGCCGAACCCACAGAGGAAUAUAGUUACCGGUUUUUAUUCUAACGCCAGCGAGGGGGGGCUGUGUGAUUCAGCUGCAGUUACUUUUUAAAAGCCGCUCACAGUUGCUCUGGGGGGCGGAGUGUCUGCAAAGUGCUGCGCCGAUUGGGGCGCUCGAUCGGGGGAAGAGAGAUGGCGUGCUUGUUGGAGGCCCCUCUCCGCAUCAGUGUGCUGUCUGAAGUCACUGCCACCAGUCGCCAUUAUGUUGACAGACUGUUCGACCCCGACCCACAGAAAGUGCUGCAGGGAGUCAUUGACAUGAAGAAUGCUGUCAUAGGAAACAACAAGCAGAAGGCCAAUCUGAUUGUCCUCGGAGCUGUGCCGAGAUUACUGUACCUGCUCCAGCAGAGCUCGUCCAGUCUGGAGCUGCGGAGGGAAUGUUCCGUGGUGCUGGGUAGCUUAGCCAUGGGCACAGAGAACAACAUCAAGUCCCUGGUGGACUGUCACAUCAUCCCUGCCCUUCUUCAAGGUCUCCUGUGUCCGGACCUGAUCUUCAUUGAAGCUUGUCUUCGGUGUCUCAGAACAGUCUUCAUAAGUCCAGUCACCCCGGUGCAGCUGCUCUAUACUACCCUGCCGUGCCUCGUGCGGAUGUGCAGUAAAGAGCAUUUGCUUGAGGAGAGGGUGGAGGGCGCAGAGACACUGGCCUACCUGAUGGAGCCCGACGUGGAGCUGCAGAGGAUCGCAAGCACCACCGACCACCUGGUGGCCAUGCUGGCCGACUACUUCAAAUACCCCAGCUCCGUGUCUGCCAUCACUGACAUCAAGAGGCUGGACCAUGACCUGAAGCACGCACACGAGCUGAGACAAGCUGCUUUCAAACUCUACGCCUCACUAGGCUCCAACGACGAGGACAUCCGCAAAAAGAUCACAGAGACAGAGAACAUGAUGGACAGGAUAGUCAGCGGCCUGUCAGAAUCCAGCAUUAAAGUCCGUUUGGCAGCUGUCAGGUGUCUUCACAGUCUUUCGCGGUCGGUGCAGCAGCUGAGGACCAGCUUUCACGACCACGCUGUGUGGAAACCCCUCAUGAAGCUGCUGCAGAACGCCCCAGAUGAAGUCCUGGUUAUGGCCUCCUCAACACUAUGCAAUCUACUGCUGGAGUUCUCACCAAGCAAAGAGCCCAUCCUGGAGUCAGGGGUGAUUGAAUUACUAUGCAGUCUGACCCAGAGUGACAGUCCUGCACUGAGGGUCAACGGGAUCUGGGCCUUGAUGAACAUGGCGUUCCAGGCGGAUCAGAAGGUGAAGGGGGAGAUUGUUCGGUGUUUGGGCACAGAGCAGUUGUUUCGCCUGCUGUCAGACCCCGACACCAACGUGCUAAUGAAGACCCUCGGUUUGCUGCGCAAUCUACUGUCAACGCGCCCACACAUUGACCAGAUCAUGAGUUCUCAUGGGAAGCAGAUCAUGCAGGCCGUGACCCUCAUCCUGGAAGCAGAGCACAGUAUAGAGGUCAAAGAACAGACGCUGUGCAUCCUAGCCAACAUCGCCGACGGCAACACAGCCAAGGAACUCAUUAUGACCAAUGACGACAUGCUCCAGAAAAUCAAAUACUACAUGGGGCAUUCGAAUGUGAAACUGCAGCUCGCCGCCACCUUCUGCAUCUCAAACCUUAUCUGGAAUGAAGAGGACGGUUCUCAGGAGCGCCAGGACAAGCUGAGGGAGAUGGGCUUUGUUGACAUCCUGCACAAACUCACCCAGGCCCCAGACCCCAACCUCAGUGACAGGGCGAAGACGGCGAUGCAGCAGUACCUAGCAUGACUACAGAGGAGAGAGAUCCCCUACUGCCAGCCUAACUAACAAUCGCCGGGAGGACACCUGCCAUCGGUUCUUUUGUUUCUUGUUUUGUUUAAUCUCGAGGCUUGUUUCGUUGCACAAAGACACCUUUUUUUUGGACCUGUGGCCGGCCUCCCUUCACCUCCCACCCACCACCCAAUACCACCGCCUCAAACGUCACCGUGGAGACUCUGAGACCGUGGGUUGUUGGGAAAUCAACGGUUAGGAGGGGUUCUCUUGUUUGUCUUUUUCAACAAUGAAGUGAUUCUUUUUUUCUUUUGGGACUUUGUGAUUUGUGAUCUUUUGUUUUUUUGGAGUGCAGCAGACUGACACCAGCGCCACUUUGGUGCUUUUGGACUCCCGAUAGCUGGAGAUUCUGGUCUCAGAGAACCGGACUACGAGGUUUGACACAAGAGCACGGCUGUUGGACAGCAAAGCUUCCCAGUUUUAUUUUUUAAAUUUUUAAUUAAUAUUAAUGUUUUCCUUAAGGCAUCACAAAGAAAGGACACAUUUGGAAAAACACAGACUGCCUAUUUUGAAAUUUUGGGUGUUUUCUUUUUUGUGGAUACAUACCUCGUAAAUAUAUAAAUAUAUAUAAAUAUAACAUAAAUAUAUAUUUUUGGAUUUUUAUUUUCCCCUGACCCCUCUGUUUGUUUUCAUUCAUUCUCUGUGAACCAUGAUUCUUGGUACAGUAGGGUGAAUCCAGUCUGAGACGAGUAUGUAUCUGACUGUGAUCAUGGUCUAUAGUCUGUAGAGGAGGAAAUGUAAUUCCCCUGAUUUAUUUUUUCCUCACCCCUGUGGUUCUGCGUGCGCUGGAGCCCGUCACUUCUGUCCAACAUCCUUAUGAUCCCAAUGGGAAACGUAGUUCCAGAGUGCUUACUCUGACCUGCCCGGUUACUAAACAACAGGCAUGAGUACACAGAAAACCAGAGAUGAGAGGAUGCACGCUGUCCUCACCUCUCUACUGAAUCGUGCCUGUUGCUGUUUCUGCAUUCUCUGCAGUCUGUGUGUGUUGAAAGGGAUAAAUGAAAGCUUGUGGGUUUCGUUCCUCUGACACGUUCUGAGAAGUGAGCAAGGACAGAGGGGAUAUUAGGGAAUAAAGAAAGAACAAUCAGAGACUGGCCCCUGGAGGGUAAGGCACUAGGUGCAUCCACAGCAGCAGAAGCAAGUGCUACAUUGUGUUUCAUCCCUCUAUCAAUAUCAUUUCUUCUCCCAUCAGGAUAUUUCUAGAGUGUUGUUCCCUGACAUUUCAAACCUUACUCAAACUGAUAGAAUGAAUGUUACCAUUGAAAAUAUAUGCAGACCUGAAGAAGGA